AUGAAUAAUUUAAAUAAAUCAAAUAUGGAUGCUAAAAGUAUUUAUAUAUAAAACAAAAAAAUCAUUAGUCUUUAUAUUUAUAUAACAAAGAUCCUGGUAAUUUUUUAGCAAAUAUAAGUAUUAUUAAAAAUUUUAAUAAUGAAAUCGAAGAAUAAUAUGAUACUUUAGAUGAGCCUGUUUCAAAAACAAUAGUAUUAAAUUAAAUAUAACAAAAAUAAAUUAAAAUAAGGAAUAAAAUUUUUUAUCAAAUUAAUUUAGAUCCGAGAUUUAAGAAUGAUAGCCCAUAAAUUAAGAUAUGUAUUAAUACCUGCUUUAAGAGAAAAUGAUGGAAGAUAACUAAGAGAAUGGGAUUUAUGGGGUCCAUUAUUCUUUUGUUUAAUUUUAGCAUUUGUUUUAAGCUUAAGUUCUGAUGAUAAUACAAAUAUAUUUUCAAUAAUAUUUAUUCUUGUAUGGGGAGGUUCAUCAAUUGUAACUUUAAAUGUAAAUCUUUUAGGAGGAAAUGCACAUUUUUUAUAAAGCUUAUGUGUUCUAGGAUAUUGUAUUUUCCCUAUUGUUAUUGCUUCUAUUAUAAUUACAGCUUUUAAAUUCAUUGUUUAAAAUUUUAUUUAUAAACUUAUUGUUGUGGGUAUAUCUUAUUUAUGGUCUAGUACAUCUUCAAUUGCUUUCAUGUCAAGUAUUUUACCUUAGGAAAAAAAAGUUUUAGGGGUAUAUCCUAUAUUUUUAUUUUUUUUAUUUGUAGCCUGGUUUUGUUUAUUUAUUUGA